CCACCGACCAGCGAAGACGUACAUACAAGGUACACGCGACACCGCCUGCAGCAAAUCCGCUGUUUGCCCUCUCUCUUCUUCCGUCCGCCACACCUUAUACGACGAUCCGAUUCACCACUGGCCCCACGUUUGUCGCUUCACACAACUUCUGCAAGGAGCGCCCCACCCCGCCCGUUGUUCCUACUAUCCUGCAAUUUGACAUCGUUCUUAAACGUCCGCUCAUCUCUCAACAUCUGGGUUUACGCGCACAAUCGCAAAUCCAAGAAACAUGGCAACUCCUCAAACGGCGACUCCCCCGCGGGGUAGUGGUAGUAGGACAAUGGAGGCACGACCACAGCCCGUCCUCCGGCUGUCCGCACCCUCUGGCGUGCUGCGAUUGCGGGCCGAACCAUCGGAGCAGAGACACAUACAGUGGGCGGAAGACGUGAUAGACAACGAGGGUAUGGGGAAGAAGUCGUCAAAAGUAUGCUGCAUCUACCACAAGCCCCGCGCUGCCGACGAAUCUUCAGACGAUGACUCCUCGGAUGACUCUUCGUCGGACUCGGACGCGGAUUCGGAACCAGACAACAGCAUGGCGCGACCCAGUGGGGGUAGGGAUGGGCAGCGGGGACGCCGACCACUCGAGCACCAUCAUGAUCACGACGAUUGCGAGCAUGUUCACAACCAUGGUGAGGGUUCUGCCAACCCAAAGAAGCGCAAUCGACCUCGACGAAAGCCCAGUCCGAAUGCGUACGAGAAGAUGCCCAAGAACAAGAAGUAGACUGUGGAUAUGCGCACCUAAUCAACGACUUCUACGGUGGCAUAGCACUUUGGGCAGACACAAAUCGAACUGCCCAGCAUCUGGUUUUUCGCGGCUGUUAUAUUGGCGAGGAG